GGUCUCAGGUUCGAGGUGGUUCCGUCCCGGUUCAGGGAGACGCUCCGCAAGUCCUCCUUCUGCAGCCCGUAUGCGUACGCCGUGGAGACUGCCAAGCAGAAGGCGCUGGAGGUGGCGGCCAGGCUGCACCAGAAAGACCUGCGCACCCCUGACGUGGUCAUUGGGGCUGACACCAUAGUGGCCCUGGAGGGGCUCAUUCUGGAGAAGCCCGCGGACAAGCAGGACGCCUACCGCAUGCUGUCCAGGUUGAGCGGCAAGGAGCACAGCGUGUUCACGGGCGUGUGCAUCGUGCAGUGCGGCAGCCGAGAAGGUCAGCUGCAAACGCACGUCUUGGAGUUCUACGAGGAGACGCGGGUGCGGUUCUCGGAGCUGUCCGAGGAGAUGCUGUGGGAAUACAUCCACAGCGGAGAACCGAUGGACAAGGCGGGCGGCUACGGCAUCCAGGCGCUGGGCGGCAUGCUGGUGGAGGCGGUGCACGGCGACUUCCUCAACGUGGUCGGCUUCCCGCUCAACCGCUUCUGCAAAGAGCUGGCCCAGCUCUACCGCCCGCCGGGGCCCCGGGGCGUGGGCCGCCUCGCCAAGCACGACUCCAUCCCCUGCGUGGACAGCUUGGAGGACCUCGGCGAUGACCCGGGGACCAGGCACGGGGAUACAGGCCCCGAACGCAGCACGGACGCCAAUCAGGGACCUCCCUGCUCAGCAGCCGGCCAACGCCUAUCUCUAGCAGAAAGUGACCCAGCGCCCCGGGAACCCAAGGGCGCGUCCCGUAUGGGCCCCAGGGACACCCGGCCUUCGUCCGCAGCCGGCCUCCUGCGGCUCAUCCACAGCUUCAAGGCAGCCCAGGCUACCGGAACACGGAGCUGGCGGGCGUGUACCUCGUGUCCGACGGCGAGGUCUCCCUGAAUAGCUACAUCCUGCACACGGGCGCACACGCCUGGGACCGCUUCAUACGUGUGGGGUGCAGCACCGAGGACGGCCAGAGCCAGCAGCACGCAGCCGCGGGGACAAAACCCAGGGACCCCGUCCAGGAGGAGCAGGUGCUCCGCGCUGCCCACGGGAUCGCCCAGCUGACCGCACACGCGGUGGCCACGGCCGUGGACCUGUCGCGAUUCGGCUCCGCCUGCCACCUGGGAGGCUGCACAGGCGCCCUGGCACACGAGCUGGCCCGAGAGUACCCAGGGCUCACGGUGACCGUGCUCGACCUCCCCGACGUCAUCGAGCGGGCACACUGGUUUCGGCCCCGCGGACCGGAGGCAGCUCAAGUCAGCUUCGCGCCUGGCGACAUCCUCAGAGACGGGCUCCCCGCAGCGCAGCUGUACGUCCUGGCCCCGCUGCCCCGAGCCUGGCCGGGCACUGCCCUGCGUGGGCUCCUGCGGAGGGUGGCCAGCGCCUGCCGCCCAGGGUGCGGCCUCUUGCUGGCUGACGCCUUUGCGGAGGAGGAGCAGGCGGAGGAGGAGAUGGAGGUGGACGAGGAGGAGGCGGACAGAGCCCGGGGCGGCCUGGCGCGGGUGCUGGACCAGCUGGUGCUGCCGGAGGCCGGGGCUUGCAGCGUGGACACUUGCCGCCGCUGGCUGGAGCAGCUGGGCUUCCGAGACCUGCAUGUGGCCCCCGUGGGGGACACGCGGACUCUGAACCUCACUGUGCUGCUGGCUACCUGGGCCGGGCCGUGAGCCUGGCCACGCGGCGUGUGGGGUCACGGUGCCAGCCGGGACCCCCGCUCAGCAGAGGUGAGGCGGGCGUUUGACAGCUCUGCACCCCCUGUGGGCAAUAAAGAACGGGCCUCGCCCGUCAGGUCUGAGAAUAAAGCAGGGGGCGCCACACUCGGCGGAGUACAGGUUACACCGCACUCUGGGAGGCUGAGGCAGGAGGGUCUCAAGGUCCAGUCCAGCCAGGGAAACUUACCAGACUUAGCAAGACUCAAAAUCAAUAAUAAAGUGAAACCAGGUGUG